CGCUCGGGAAACACCGCGGAGGGGAGCUCAUUCGAUAGCCGGAUGGUACGUCGCAAAAAUGUCCUCUGGAAACGCAGCUAUAUUUGCUUGCAAUGUUGAAUCCGGUUGUAAUAAAUACUUAAGUCAGCUUGGCGCGAUACAGUUCACAGUUUACAAUGAGCGAGCACUGCGAGACUGACUCUAACGCAAGGAGUUUUACCAUGAACGAUGACGCUGAACUGUAUCGGAACAGUAGCAGUAUGCAAAGGCGAGACGCUUUGAAUUCGUUAACUGAAUAUUUACCUAAAUUUAAAUGGAAGGAAAGUAAAGAAAAGAUUUUAGACAUCGGUUGUGCUGACGGAAGUGUCACAAAUAUCAUUAGCUCAUGCUGUCCCACGGACUUUGAACUUUUUGAAGCGUGCGACGUGAACGUUAAAUCUGUUAAAUAUGCUACGGAGCAUUACGGAACCAGUAAGAUGAGGUUCAGAGUCAUGGAUAUAGAGAGUGACCUACCGAAGGAAAUGAAAGGAAAGUUUGAUCACGUCUUCUCAUUUUACACGCUGCAUUGGAUCGAGAAUCAAGAGAAAGCCUUUCAAAACAUUUACGAUCUCACGGCAGAUGACGGUGAGUGCUUCCUAACCUUGCUGGCUCAAAUGCCUGUCUUCAACUUAUUUGAUGCUCUCAAACACACUGAAAAAUGGCGACAUUGGCUCAGAUACAUCAAAAACUUUAUCUCCCCAUACUAUGAGACUUCGGAUCCAGAUGUGGUGAUAGAGUUACUACUUAAGAGAGUGGGUUUUCGUUACGUGGACGUGCGCUGUCGACAAAAGAAAUUUGAAUUUUACGACUUAAAAUCAUUUCGGAAUCUACUAGAGGCGGUGAGUCCCUUCAAAGUAGGACAAGAGUUGCAGGAAGAAUUAAUCGAUGACGUCAUGGAAGUCGCAAAAGAAAUGAGAAUUAUAGACACACAAAACAGCACAGCCAAACUUAUAUAUAACCUAGUUGUUAUACAUUGUCGAAAAUAAUAUAAUACAAUAUUUUAAUGUACCUAAAAGAAGACCGAAUUCAACAAAAUAAAAUUAGAAUAUAACUAACUUAACUAAGCCACCAUUUCAAAGCACCAGCUACAAGAAAAAAAGAGUCAUCAAAACCGGUUCACACAGAAAAAGAGUACGAGAUAACACGCGCAUGCAACGGUAGGCAACGGCUUGGCUCUGCCCCUAGCAUUGCUGACGUCCAUGAGCGACGGUGACCACUUACCAUCAGGUGGGCCGUAUGCUCGUCUGCCUACAAUGGCAAUAAAAAAAAUGCAAAAUACAGUCGGAUUGAGAACUACCCCCUUUUUAAAGCCGACCAAAAUAUAAAGUUGUAAUACUUUAGGUAUUCAUGUAUUAUGAUAAUCUAAUUUACAAAACAUCAAUGUAACAUAAGAUUGUUAUUGUAUCGAAGCGUGUUUGUUUUUUGUUUUCGUGUUUUUCGUUUAUGUAUGAAGACAAAGAAUGUAAAUUCAUUAUUUUGUAGUAAUGAAAGAAUAUAUGUUCAUUUUAGAUAUAAUUAUUGUGCACUUUAAGCAAUAAUAAAUAAUGAGUUUUAUGAAGGUCCUGUGAGUGUACCAAAGAUCGGACGCGCGACCGCACCGCCCCCCUUCAAACGCCAUCCAGUUUAUUUAAGCUACAUUGUGCUGAAUGCUGAUUAUAAUAAUAAUAUUUAUUCAAGCCUCUUAAAUUACAAAUACGUACAAGAAUUCUUAAUACUAGUAUAAUAAUAUACAUGGCUUUUUAUGAGGUAUACAAUAACAUUAUUCCCUGACUUUUAUGCUAGGAAAAACCUGUGUUACAAAAGUCAGUGGUUCAGUGCUAGGUCACCAGGUAAAGUAAGUUAACCAGAAAGAGCGAUCUGUAAGAAUUAUUGUCUCUGUAAUCUGUAAGAUUGUUUGACAAGAGCGAUUAUAGUCGUUUAAAUGCCAAUUACAGUUCGACAUUAGCCCUGUGAACUCCAGUAACCACUGACCCGGAUCUGUGUACUUAGGAAAUGUUCUAGAACGACUUCCACGGUGAAGGAAUUUAAUCGUGUAAUAAAAAUUAGUCCCGCAAAAAUAAUUAUUUACGAAUUCACUCUUAUGAGCCCGCACGUGUAGGUACCACUACCUGCCUUUUUUUGCCGUCGAAGUUUAUAGUUAUUGUAUUACAAAAACAGAAAGUUUGCAGUUUUGGUUCAUGAAAAUAAUUUGGAUCUGUCACGCGCAUGCGCGACCGAAGAAAUCUAGAAGGCCAUGAUCCCCGGCGCCAUUAACAUAAAUCAUUGUACAUUUUUACAUGAAAUAAAGAUUUUAUUAUUUUA